CAAUUGUUGGAAUAUUUCCUCAUGAAGUUGAGCUCAGGCUCACAUGUUAACUAAUGCUUUUUGUCCUGCUUGAGAUUCUUCAUUUAUGAGAUGACAAAUGCCCCUUGCCCAUACUAGAUUCCUUCACAGCCAGCAAAACCAUGCAAGACCCCCAAAAUACCCAAGAAGAAAGCAGCGGGCUUUCAUUAAGGCCGAUUCAAAAUGACAGCGAAGUAUCAGAUAUAAGUCUGCUAUGGCAGAGUGCCAUUGAUCGUUACAAGGCGAUCACGGGCAAAGAGGUGGAUUUAAAACGCACUACCAACGUGCAGCAAGUUCUUGACACAAUAGAGGAUAAGGAAGAAAAGUUCAAAUGGCGUCGCCAUGAUGGUUCUAAGAUUGACAAGUUUAGGACGCUUGUCAAAGAGGCAUUGGCCCCUAUUCAAUUGAUCGGAGACAUUAUAGUGAAUGCUACUAAAACAAUGUAUCCGGCGACGGAGGCCAUAUUCGCCGCUGUGCGGUAUCUUAUAAGUGUCUCGAAAAGCGUUUCCGCAGACUACGACAAACUCGAAAGCUUCUUUGAAGAUUUGAAAUCAUAUUUGACGCGUCUAAGCGUGUUGGAGAAUAAUAUUCCGGCAGUUCCGGAACUCAAAGCGGCACUUACUGAAGUUCUGAUAUCAAUUCUAGUUCUUUGUGCCAUAUGUACGAGGUACAUGAAGACGAAACGCAUCAUCAAGGCAUUUAGAGCUCUUCUAUCCGGAGAAGACUCCGAGCUGAAGGAAGCUUAUGAAAACCUCCGCAAGGCAGUUGAACGAGAGAAAGGGGUUGUCAGGAACUGCAUUUUACUGGGAGUGGAGAAGGGCAAGUUUCAUGCUCGAGCGGCCGUUACUGGGAUAAAUGAGAACUUGGCUCGGGCGGAGCGUAUUGAUCAAAAGCUGGAGUACGUGAUGGAGGAAUCGAAAAGGACGAAUGGAUAUUUGGAAACCCACGAAGUAGCCGUUGAGCGAGAAAGUCUCAUCAAAUGGCUGUCGAGUCUUGAUUUUUGUGACAAGCAACGCAGUCUUUUCUCGAAGCACCAUGGCGAUACGGGGAGAUGGUUGCUCAACUCGAAUGAAUUCCAGGGGUGGUUCUCUGUCAGUGAUGAGGAAAGCUCUAUGCUAUGGUGUGCUGGAAAUCCUGGCUCUGGCAAGUCGGUCAUGAUGUCCACCGUCAUCAACUACCUCGAAGAAAGCACAAAGAAGGAUGAAGUUGCGAUAGCCUACGUUUACUGCGAUUAUAAGGACAAGCGCACUCUUUCGGAGACCAACAUUUGGGCCAGCGUGGUUAGGCAGCUGGUAGAAGCGUGUAGUCAGCUACCGCCUGACAUUAUUAGUUUUCGAGACAAGUAUCUCGAAAAGAGGGCACUACCGAGCGACGAAGAGCGUAUCUCACUCAUCACUGCUUUGUCUAAACGUUUCCGGAAGACGUUCAUUCUGAUUGAUGCGCUGGAUGAAUGCCCUGAAGACAACAGAGAUGCAUUUCUUCGAUUGGCCAGCGAGGUGCAAACCUCUGCACAUCUGCUGAUCACCUCUCGAAUGAACCUGGACCUCACGGAAAGUUUUGACCAUCUCACACAAAUCACCAUCGCAGCUCAGGCUUCGGAUGUGGAGACAUAUCUUGAUGCAAAGAUGAAAGCAAACGCAAGAAUGCGCUCACAUUUGGCCAGAGAUAAAGCUCUCAGGAAUGAUAUUAUUAAUAAUUUGGUCGAAAAGACUGAUGGGAUGUUCCUCCUGGCCCACCUACAGAUCGAAUAUUUAUGCGGUCGCACAAAUCUCAGACAAGUUCGCUCAUCGUUGAAUUCUCUGGUUGGCAAAUUAGAAGAGUUUUAUGACGCUGCUUGGCAGAGGAUAGAGAACCUUGAGGAGGGCGAUAGUCUAUUGGCUAAGAAGGCACUUUCUUACGUAUUUCAUGCCAAGAGACCGUUGACUUCGGAAGAACUUGUUCACGCGUUGAGUGUUGAACCUGGAGACCCAGAGCUCGAUGACAUGGGGUUUACUGAAAGGCAUAUUCUUCUGUCCGUCACGGCUGGUCUACUCCAAAUUGGUGACGGCACAGACGACGCGAGGCUCGUCCAUCUCACUCUCCAUGAAUACCUUUCGAAGCAUAAAGAUCGUUUCUUGGAACCGGAAAAACAGCUUGCAAAAGCUUGCUUGACCUAUUUGUGCUUUGAUAUUUUCAGUACUGGCCCUUGCGAAGCUGAGCAAGAACUCGAUAAGCGAAUGGGUCAGUAUGCUCUCCUCAACUACGCCUCUCAUCAUUGGGGAGACAAUUUCGCGGCUGGCCAAGAUCGUGAUGAUGUCGGGGAGAUCAUGAACUUCAUAGAAGACGAGAAAAAGUUGGCUUCAUCAUUGCAAGCCAUGUGCAUCCCCCGACACCGCACCGAUGGUUGGCAUGAAGCCUUUCCAAAAGAAUUUACGUCACUUCAUGCAGUUGCAUAUUGGGGGUUAUUUGAUGUUUUUGAAUCUGCUCUUGAGACUGGAGUUAACAUUGAUCACCAAGACAGCCACGGCAUGUCUGCACUUCAUCUAGCCUCACGUCGUGGCUUUGCAAACUUGGUGCAGGCCUUACUACACCGAGGCGCCGACACAGACUUGAUGAACGAGCGAGGUGAAACCGCUAUGCUUUGGGCCGCGAGGAAUGGUCACGGUGAGGUAAUGAAACUCCUCAUCGCGAACGGUGCCGAUUCGACGAUUGAGGAUAACGAAUGUUGGACUGCUCUUCACUGGGCUGUGAUUAACAGACAUGACAACAUAGUUUUGAUGCUCCUUGACCAGCAUGCCCGAGUUGUGUCAGACAAUUCGCAGACCAACAAAGCGCUGAUCUUAGCUGCUGAAGCGGGGAGUAUUAGGACGGUGGAUCUUCUUCUGCACCUAGGUGCCGAAAUCGAUGCUGUCGACGAACAAGAGAGUCCUGCGCUGCACUGGGCCGUCCCUGGAGGUCAUGAGCAAACAACCUCGAUUCUUUUGAAGAAUGGCGCGAAUUCCAACUCACGGGAUUGCUACGAGAACACACCGCUGCAUUGGGCGAUCCCGUAUGAGGAAAUCACCCGCUUGCUUUUAAGGAGCGGAGCAAACUCGAACUACGUGAACGACGCCAGGCAGUCGCCCUUGCAUUGGAGUGCCCACGCUGGAUUGACCGCUUCAACAAGUGCCCUCCUCGAAUAUGGAGGAGACCCCAACACACCAGAUUCGCGCGGUGUCACUCCUUUACAUAUGGCAGUAAUGCAGGGCCACGAAGCUAUAGUGAAUCAACUCUUAGCAGCUGGGGCCGAUGUCAACGCUAAAGAUGAUGACAGAUGGACUCCACUGCAUGCCGCCGUGGUAAGAGGUAACGACAACUUGAUUGAAUUACUGGCGAGCAGAGUGGAUGAUGCACAAGAGAUCAUGGAUAAGCUUCAGUCCGAAUUAUCUGACCAGGACAACCGCAACAUACUUGAGGAACUGGCCUCAAACAAAUCACAUGGAAGCAUAGUCGUAUCGGGCCUUCGUACAGCCGUUAACAGUGGAUACAAGGAGAGGAUCAUGUCGUUGAUAGAAAGUGGCGCCGACAUCGACGCUCAGGAUCCCAUCGGCGAAAGUACUGCCCUCACACAGGCAGCGGAACAAGGACGUGCCGAUCUUGCCAGUCUUCUCCUAGAGAAUGGAGCAAACCCAAACCAGCGAGAAAAACACGGGAAAACAGCUCUCCACAUCGCAGCCCAGAAUGGACACCUUGAUGUUGUCGCCGUCCUAAUAGCUGGAGGCGCUGAUAUAGAUGCUAGAGUGCACGGAUGGACUUCUAUGCUAUUAGCAGCAAAGAAUGAGAGGUUUGGGACUCUGGAUUAUCUGAUCAGGAGAGGGACAGAUGUCAACGCGGUCGACUAUUGUGGACGGACAGCUUUGCAUUGGGCUGCGAAGAAUGGAUGUAUGGCUUCGACACACUUGUUGUUGGAAAUGGGUGCUGAUGUUCAGGCCAAGGAUCAACUGGGAAAGACACCACAUGAUUGGGCCGUUGAAGAACAGCACGGGUUUGUUGCUAGUAUGCUCCAGCUCUCAGAGAGCUGA